CGACUCUCACAAUAAUCAUUUGCCUCGUCGAAAUCUCUUAGCCAUGCCGUCGGUAUUCACGAGACGAGCUCCGAGCAACAACACGCCCUUGCCCGCGGGUACCGCACCGUCCCCCUCGGCGAGCGCCUUACCCAUCCUAUCUACCGGGAUACCCUCCUUGGACGACAUCCUCGGAUCCGGGCAACCCUUGAACAGCAUCCUUAGUAUCCUCGCCCCCGAUGUCCAAUCAGCAUGGGGCAAGCUCAUCGCCCGGUACUAUAUCGCUGAAGGACUGGCACUCGGUCAAGACGUCAUCGUCAUCGGUGGGAACGACAAGGAGGACCUGGAAGAGCUCGUCAAAGGAUGCAUGUGGAUGGAGGAGAGUGCGAAACGGGUUGCCGUGAUGGAUGCCAACGCGAAAGAUCCGGGGAACGCGGACGGGGAUGAUAGUGAUGCAGAAGGUUUGGCGGACGAUCUCGAUUCGGGUAACAGGACGAGGAUCGCUUGGAGGUACGAUAACAUGAAAAAGUUUGAGACGUCCGUUUCGUCCCGAGCGGGCUCAAGCUCUACCUUUCAUCUUCCCCUCAACUUGAUGACCCCGAUCCCUCGAACGGUGAUCUCGGACGUCUACGCUUCGAGUCAGCUCGAGCUCUUGCCUCUGGACGAGAUGGUAUCAGCUGCCUCCCCAUAUAAACUGUUUCGAGAUAUCCUGGACAAAUUGCGGGGCAAGCUGUAUACCAACGGUCAACCUCGAAAAAAGGUGCUCCGAGUGAUUGUCCACGAAUUGGGUGGGCCUGAAUGGGGAGAUGCCGCCACAUCAGCCGCGAUCCACCGAUUCUUGCACUCGCUUCGACAUCUUCUCCGGAUCGCCCCAGGACAAGCAUCUGCUCCGGCACCAGCCUCGGCCCUGAUAACGUUCCCGGCUCAGCUAUCAUCCCAUGCUCCAGCCGUUGGCAAGGGGAAAGGUCGGGCAGUCAACGGUCCCGGGAUGACGGAUGACGCUUGGUUGAAAAGUGUCGCGAGCGUUAGCGACGCCUGUGUCGAGCUGCAAGGAUUUGCCUCGGACCCUGGCCUCGUCCAUUCGUUCCCCCAUUCUCACGGACUGGUCCACGUCCGGUCUUUCCCAACUCUACAAACCGUCUUGGCUCCUUCUUACAAGCACUCCACCCUGCUCGGACUGGGCGCUGGCAGCACGGGUCAGAACAAUCUCAGUUUCCGUCUGAAGCGCAAGAGGUUCGUCGUCGAGACCCUACAUCUCGGUGUCGAAGGGGGUGUCGGUGAGAGGAGGACCGAGCCUCCAGCGACGAUGAAGAGCUUGACAGCGGGUGGCGGUGGAACGGGAGGACAUGUACAUGGAUCGGGAUGUUCUCAUGGCGGAGGAGAUAUUGAGGGUGUUGUAGGUGGGGUUGAGAAGGUAUCGACAGAUGCGGUGGCCGAGAAGCCGGACGAAGCGCUAGAGAAGCCUCGAGCGAGGUUUGCGGCGAUAGACAUCUCGCUGGAAACCGAGGGCGCAGUAAGCUCGACGAGAUCUCCGAACGACGAAGCAUCCCCUAAGCCAAAGAAGGAGCGAAGAAAGGUGGCGUUUAUGCAACACGAUAAACCCGAGUUGUAUGACUUUUAGGUGAUCGGGCAGAUCGAGACAUACGAUCGAGCAAUCUAUUUUGCUUCCGCAUCCAAUGUUGUGUUUGUCGCUGACGUCCGAUCGUUCUGGUUGAGCGACUCGCACCUCGCAACUUCCUCGUCAGAAAUUCAGAAACCUUUAGCUGUAUACCGUUCGAUCUCCACAUUCCGUAGCUUGGUGAUCGUUGACAGACAUACAGAAACUCUCACCUGUGGGGUAUUACCAACCUGACAAGCAUGCGCUCCCUGUUACUGGCCUCGCUCGCCGCCGCCUUUUCGGCCAUCGCCGCUCUACCACAUCAACCUGAAGUACGAGGAGAGGCACUUGGAGACUGUCCCGGACUAUCCGCUAAACCGCUUGCCAAAAAGGCUGAAGAUCUGUCA